GGUGAUGUUGGUAAUAAACAGGGAACGGAGCGGGUGUAAGCGGCUCCGCGGGCCUCAGCAUCUCCACGCAGCGGGCCACUUUAAGAACAUUAUCCCCCUUUAAUCCACUUUGCCUUCUGCUGCUCGCAGGUGGACAGACCGUCCACGGAGACACAACAGAACACGCGCGCGUCCACGUUCAAAUGCCUCUUUUAUUUUGGAAACUGAACCGUUUGUGGCGCUGACCAUUGAUGCUGGAUCCAUCCAGCUCUUCCCAAGUAGCCUUUUCCUUAAUGAUCUACUGGUUGUGAUUUGCAGCAGACAUGGAGGACCCCGACAUACGACAACAGAAGCUUGACAACCAGAGAACCCUCCUGAUGAAGAAACAGCAGAAGAAGAGGGCCGAUUCCCAGAUGGUGGUGGCCAACCGGGACGCUCGCCAAAGGAGUCGAAAGCACAAAGCUGUCCGAUGUGACGAAACGCCGCUGUUGAUCAACCAGUCCCUCAGCAACGCGUCCCUGAGUGAUCAGGUUGAACACGCCCACGAUAACCCACUGGACGAGAUCACGUUGGGGGAAUCCGACGCGACAGCGAGCGCGACAUGUGACGAGGCUCCUUCAGAGAAGCCCGUCACUCCCAAGAAAAUGAACUGGGAGAUCGACAAAGAGGCCGAGGGCCAGCGGGAGGCCGAGGCCGAGGGGAAAAGGACCAAGAAGAAAGAAGUGAAAAAAAAAGAAAAAGCCAUUCCGAUGGAACAGGACGACGAAAAGGACAAAGAGAAGGAGAGAAAAAACAAGAAGAAAGACAAGGUGAAAGAAUCCGAAGACCCGCAGAAGACAAACAGGACUACCAAACGGGAGGGGAAAAAGAGCCACGUGCCGGAGGCGCCGUGCGGCGCCGGCGGGUCCGAGUCAGCGGCGGAGACGACGAGUCCGAAGAGGGAUGAGUGUGACAAGAGCAACAGCGAAGAGGAGGCUCUUCUUCACUCGCCCCAGAAGAAGAAGACGCUCGACACAUCCAGGUGCCAAAUCAGCGAGGAGAAGACCAGCAAAGGAGCUCGGGAGACGGCGAAAAAGGAAAAGGCGACCAGGAGAGCGGAGGAGGCCCCGCCGAGCCUCGCUGCCCUCAACUCCAACUACAGGGAGAGCUCCUCCUCCUCUUCCGACUGCGAAUCCAACGAAAGAUCGACGUCUGCGAUGUCCGUGGAGGACCUGGAGAAGUUCUCCUUGCGUCCGGCCCCCAGAGACGGGACCAUCCAGUGCAGGGUCACCAGGGACCGGAGAGGCAUGGAGAAGGGCAUCUACCCGACGUACUACCUCCACAUGGAGAAGGAGGAUGGCAAAAGGGUGUUCCUGAUGGCAGGCCGAAAGAGGAAGAAGUGCAAAACAUCCAACUAUCUCAUCUCCACCGACCCCACCAAUCUGUCCAGAGAUACAAACUGCUACAUAGGAAAACUGAGGUCCAAUGUUCUGGGCACAAAGUUCACGGUCUACGACGAAGGUGAAAACCCCGAGAAGAAGCCCUUCGUCAAAGAGUGCGAGUCCGUGCGACAAGAGCUGGCAGCCAUCUGUUACGAGACCAACGUGCUGGGAUUCAAGGGUCCCAGGAAGAUGACCGUGAUCGUCCCCGGCAUGCUGGAGAACGACGAGAGGGUCUCCAUUCGCCCCCAGAGCGACGCGGAGACGCUGCUGGCCCGCCACGCCGGCGGCAACACGGACCAGCUGGUCACGCUGCUCAACAAGUCCCCCAGCUGGAACGAGAACACGCAGUCGUACGUGCUCAACUUCCACGGCCGCGUCACCCAGGCCUCCGUCAAGAACUUCCAGAUCAUCCACCCCGACAACGAGGAUUACAUCGUGAUGCAGUUUGGCCGCGUGGCGGAGGACGUCUUCUCCAUGGACUACCGCUUCCCCAUGUGCGCCCUGCAGGCCUUUGCCAUCGCUCUGUCCUCCUUCGAUGGCAAACUGGCUUGUGAGUGAAACCAACGCGGGGUCGGAGAAAAGACGCGUACAAACCACACCCAUCGUUUUGCGCGCGGCCAUUUUCCAUGUGUUGUAUCCCGGUGACGUCGUAAGACUUUGUGUACAAUAGGAUGUGGAAAAUAAAAGCCAUAGACUUAGACCUCAGAGGGGACUUUUAUAGGUCCAGUAUUAUUUAUACUUGAAGAGGAAAAGGUUAUUUAAGUUGAUUUAACGGACUUUCUUUUUAUGUUUGACAGAUAGGUAAAGGAAAACAUUGAGGACUGCCGAGUAAACACUAUCGGGGGAAAUAAUACAAUGAUUUUUUAUUUCCACUAGAAUGUGUCUACUUGUUUGAGUUCUAAUAUUAUGAUUUGAAGAGUUUUUCCAAAGCCUUAACAACUUUGUGCCGUAAUCAUCGACUCAGAUCUUCACCAGAUUACGUGUUAUUUUGAGUUACUUCCAGGACUGCUCUCCCUUUUUAGAGUCUGCACCACGCAGAAGGAAGCUUUCUUAUCGCAAUACAGAAACAAACAGAAAAAAAGAGCUCCUAUCAGAUGCUGCGGCGCUGCUUAAGGUUUCUGCUCUUGCGCAAUACAAAGACUCUAAUAAAUGUACAUCUCACGAGGGCUCCUUCGCUGAUCUCAAGCUCAUCUUCAACACUAGUUUGCACGAGGAGGACAGAAGGUCAUUUUGGUUUCAGACAAAUAGAAAUAGGCCCACUUUAUGCUCUGUGGUAUAGAGUCAUCAGAGGUUUGCAGAUAUUCUAGGAGGCAAAAACCCAAAGUUAAAGUGAUACCUUGGUUAUCACAUCGAGUUGACUGCCUGUGUGGUAACAUGAUGUUUCCUUACUUCUCGUUCGGAGGCACUCUGAGCAAAGCUAUAUGUGCACAUUUAUAAAAAGGAGUCUGAAGAGUAUCGACCUCUUUUUAACUUGUAACCUUUACUGUAAGUGAUGGAGUUGACACAGAAGAUUCUUGCUUUUCAUUAAAAUCUGUUUUUUCCUGAAAGUCUGCGUCUUCUUGAUCAACUGCGAAAUUAAAACUGGCCCGCAGUGAA